AUGUCCAACCCGCACGACUACAUAGUGGGGUGGAUUUGUGCCCUACAUAUUGAAUAUGUUGCUGCGAAAACGUUCCUCGACGAAAAACACGAGCCGCCGGAGUUUGUAUCAACAAAUGAUAACAAUCUUUAUACCCUAGGCAAGAUUGGGAAACACAACACCGUGAUUGCCGUCCUUCCUCAUGGAGAAUAUGGCAUAGCGCCUGCUGCUAGCGUAGCAAGAGAUAUGCUCCAUAGCUUUCCCAAUAUCAGGAUUGGGUUGAUGGUUGGUACUGGUGGCGGCGCGCCCAGUCCGAAACACGAUAUCCGUCUUGGGGAUAUCGUCGUGAGUACUUCAGACAAUGUAAAGCACGGUGGUGUAUUCAAUUUCGAUCAUGGAAAGGUCAUACAAGGUCAACCAUUCAAGGAGUCAGGAUUUCUAAAUCGGCCGCCUAUGGUACUGCGAACAGCUAUGCAGGGACUUAGGUCUGAACAUGAGGCCGAAGGGCAUCAGCUUGAACGCGACAUCAACGAAAUUUUAGACCACAAAGGGAGACUGCGCAAGAAGUAUGGAAGGCCUCAGGCGAUUACUGAUCGACUUUACCAACCUUGGGUGCUCCACCAGCCGCAUGAUGACCCGAACUGUGACCAUUGCAGCAACGAUCCAUCGAGCCUAAUAGUCCGCGCUGAAAGGACUAGCGACGAGGAUAAUCCGGCAAUUCACUACGGCCUCAUUGCAUCAUCGAACAAGCUGAUGAAGGACGCUACUAUCCGCGAUGAACUUGCGAAGAAAGGUGUUCUUUGCUUCGAAACAGAAGCAGCAGGUGUAAUGAAUCACUUCCCCUGCCUGGUCAUUCGUGGUAUCUGUAACUAUGCCGAUACGCACAAAAAUGACCAAUGGCAAGGCUAUGCAGCGAUGACUGCUGCUGCAUAUGCCAAGGAUCUCCUCUGUCAAAUUCAUCCCAACAGGGCUGAAGCUGAGGCCAAGAUCAGCGACGUACUUUCAGGCAUACAGAACGAGGUCACAGCAACCUCUAGAAAGGUCAACACGAUUAUUCAUCAUCACCAAACCCAGGAGAACAAAGACAUCUUGCAGUGGCUCACUCCUGCUAAUUAUAGUCUUCUUCAAAGCGACAAUAUCGGACGGCGCCACCCGGGAACUGGUCAAUGGUUUAUUAAUUCAUCCGAGUUCUGCCAUUGGCGGGACAGCCCUAAUCAAACUCUUUUCUGUCCGGGUAUUCCAGGCGCUGGAAAAACAUUCCUUACGUCAAUUGUUAUUGAAAGCUUAGAAGCACUUUUCUCCAAGGAUAAGACUGUUAGUAUUGCAUAUGUUUAUUGCAACUUUCAGCGCCAGAACGAUCAAACGGCAAAAGAGCUUGUAGCAAGCCUUCUUAAGCAACUUCUACAAAGUCUACCGACUAUGCCAGAGAGUAUCAAGCUACUCUAUGAACGGCACAGGACCAAGGGGUCACCACCAUCAUUAGAAGAUGUAUCAAGCAACCUUCUAUCUACCGCCAAACUAUUUUCGAGGAUCUUUAUUAUAAUUGAUGCCAUCGAUGAAUGUUGCGCAACUGAUGGUACUCAGACAAAGUUCCUAGAGGAGAUAUUUAAGCUGCAAUUGCACUCCAAGGCCAACGUAUUUGCCACCUCUAGGCCGAUACCCGAGGUCAAAGAUCAGUUCCAGACUAGUGUUGUACUUGAAAUACGCGCUAUAGACGAGGAUGUUGAGAGGUUCCUCCGUGGCCACAUGCCGCAAAUGCCAGGUUUCUUUCGCCGAGAGAGACUAGAAGAGCUCGUUAUAGACGAAAUAGUUCGCUCUGUGUUUCUUCUGGCCCGGCUUCAUCUUGACUCUCUGCGUGACAAGAUUUCGGUUGAUACUGUCCACAAGGCUCUUGCAAAGUUACCAAGCGGCUCGGAUGCCUACUUUCAAGCAUAUGACACUGCCAUGGAGCGUAUCUUGAGCCAAUCGCCAAGUCACCGAGACCUGGCUAAGCGAGUUAUUGCGUGGAUUACCUGCGCAUUGAGGCCACUUACUGUUGAAGAGCUUCGGCACGCCCUGGCUGUCGAGGUUGGCAAAGCGGAGCUUAACUGGGAUGCAUUACCGGAGACUAGUAUCAUCUUACAAGUAUGUGUCGGACUCGUCACCGUUGGCGAAAGUGACGGGAUUAUCCGGCUUGUGCAUUACACAACGCAGGAAUACUUUGAGGAGACAGAAGAUACCUGGUUUCCGGAAGCUGAGAAUGAGAUUACAAUAACUUGCGUUACGUAUCUGAACUUCCAAGAGUUCAAAGGUGGAAUCUGUUCCACUGGUCAAGCUUUGAGGGAACGGCUGGAUGAAAACCCACUUUUCCAUUAUGCUUCACAUCAUUGGGGUGAUCACGCUCGGAACGCAACAAGUAUCUGCAAAGGUGUUAUUGAGUUUCUCAAGUCAGACUCGAACGUAGAGUCAUCAGCUCAGUCGUUAAUGGCUUGGGGAAGGUAUUCUGGCAGUCAGAGAGUCCCGGAGAACAUAAAGGGGCUGCAUCUGGCAGCAUACUUUGGGAAUGUAGCAGAAGCCCAGAUUCUUCUUCUCGAGAAUGACCCUGAUUUGAAAGAUGGCCACAAUAGAACGGCAUUAUUUUAUGCGGCUGGUAACGGCCAUAGCGCCGUCGUGGAACUACUUCUCGAGAACGGUGCCAAUAUUGAUCGGAGAGAUUCCUCGUUAAAAACGGCACUGUCCCGUGCGUGUAUGGGGGAACACGCCACUACUGCAGGGAUACUUCUUAAAAAUCAUGCUCAAGUGGAUCCAGAAGAUAGUGAAAAUCAAACCCCUCUAUCGUUUGCGGCUGAGAUGGGACAUGCAGCUAUUGUUCAGCUGCUUCUUGAUAAUAAUGCCGAAGUCGACUCGAUGACUGAUUAUGGACGAACGCCAUUACUAUUAGCAGCUAUGGAGGGACACAUGAACAUUGUUCAGCUGCUUCUUGCCAAUGGUGCUGAUGUUUACUGGAAGGAUAUUGAUAACGAAACGGCUCUCUCGCUUGCGGUCUUUGACGGGCACACGGCUGUUGUCCAGCUGCUUCUCGAUAAUAACGCCGAAGUUGACUCAGAGAACAUUUAUGGAAAAACACCAUUAAAAAUAGCAACCGAUCAGCGUCAUGAGACAAUUGUUCAGUUACUUCUCGACUAUGGUGCUGAUGCCAACCGGACUAGAUCCACAUUGCCGAGUGAAAUAAUCUGGGAGUCUGUUCUCUAA